AUGAAGGCUACCACCAUCAUCGCCACUUUCCUCUUCGGAACAACCAUGGCCGCCCCUGGAGCUAUCUCCCUCAAGCGCUCCUUCAUCGAGGCCGACACUGGCGUUGAUGGCGGCGGUGCCACAGUCGCCGAUACUCUCACGGCAUGUGUCGAGUGUCCAUGCAACGGUUUCUACGGUGGCUGCACAUGUGUCGUCAACGGCUGCUGUCUCCAGAAGAACUGCACCUGGCCUCGUUCUUGA